GGCGUUCGUUUCAAUCAAACUCAAAAGGCCCUAGAUAUCGAUCGAGUAGCAAAAUUGGCAUCCCAAAAGGCAGUGGUGAUCUUCAGCAAGAGUUCACGUUGCAUGUGUCAUGUAAUCAAGAGACUGUUCUAUGAGCAAGGGGUGAGUCCUGCCAUCUGUGAGCUCGGCCAAGACUCGAUGGGGAAGGAAAUGGAGUCGACCCUUAUGCGGCUAGGGUGCAACCCAGUACCUGCGGUUUUCAUUGGGGGUAAGUUCGUUGGCUCUGCCAACACUAUCAUUACGCUCUACCUCAAUGGCUCCUUGAAAAACCUGCUAAAAAAUGCAGGUUGAUAUAUAACCAUAUAGCCUUUGGAGCCAAAUUAGCCUCAUAACCAUAUACCAUACAUAUAUACAUAUAUAGUGUUUUUCUUUUUUUUAACCAUCAUUUUAAUGUAAUCCGACUGCUCACUUUUGUACUAAUUAAAAUAACUACAUAUAGAGAAUCCAUUUUAAUAUAUAUCUUUACAACUU